AUGUCGAUGAGCAAUAGCGAGAGCUUUAUCGAGCCAGACUCCCCCGACGAGAUCGAUUCAUUACCAUCCUCUGCAACGAGCUCCGAAGCCGAUGAAGAAGAAUACAUGUCGGAUGCGGAUAGGGAGUGGAAAGAGUCAUUGCAACAGUUAGAGCUGUUGUUAACUAUGGUCAUGGUGCCAUAUCUGGGGAAAUACUUUGGCAGGAAGGCCGCAUACUGGGGAUGGGCCAAGUUUAUGGAAUGGAAAUAUCCCGUCGAAAUUGUUUUCUCGAGUCCGAAGACGUUCAAGCUGGCUGGAGCUGUCGAGGCAGCAGCGACACUAUGA